AUGGCCGACGACGAGGCUCUGUUCUUGAGCGUGUCACGAGGCGACCUGGCUCGUACCCAGGAUCUCCUGGCGGCUGGAGCGAGCGUGGAUGGCUCCCGCAAGCUUGACUGCUGUCCGCUCGGGGUCGCCGCGGCUCUGGAAGACCUCGACAUGACCUCUCUCCUGAUCGAGAGGGGGGCGAAGCUCGACCUGGGCGCCCCGCGCGACGUGCACAAUAGACUCACCGGGGCGCUGACAAUGGCGAAAGGGGUCCGGCCGAUUCACACGGCGAUCGGCAGUGGCCAGUACGAAGCGUUCCGGCUCUUGAUGCGGGCGGGAGCAGACCCGAACGUCGCGAACGUGGACGGCUUCACGCCGCUCAUGUCAGCGUGCCUGGUUCAGAGGGUGGGGCCGCACCGGGCGUCGAUUGUCCGGGAGCUGCUGGACGCGGGUGCAGACCCGGCAAUGGUGGACACCUACGACCUGACUGCCAUGCACUUCGCGGCCGGCAAAGGCAGGGUGGAGCUGAUCGACAUGCUGGCUGCCAUGGCCCCCGCCACGCUCCACCGGGCGGGAAAGAACGGCUUCACGCCGCUGGGGAAGGCGGCGGCCGGCGGCGAGGCUGCCGCCGCCGCCCGCAUCCUCUGCCUGAUGUUGACAGUGGGGCGGAGACCAUCACCGGCGGGGGCGACAACUACGUCACGGAGCAGGUGCCCGCUCAACGUCGCGAUGGAGGCCCGUCACGGGAACGUCGUGGACGUCUUGCUGGACAACCUCGACCCGAUCAAGAGCUCCGUCGACUUCGGCACGGCCAUCAGCAGCGCCUUGGUCACGAAGCGAGCGAGGCUCCUGAGCAGGCUAGUCUCCGCGGUCGGGGAGGAGAGAAAACAAAAGAAGUUAAUUGGCGGGCACGACCUUUAG